AUGGGUAAUUUCGUUUCGGCAGGCGGCGGCCGCGGCCACGGCGGCAAGAUCGUGCUGCCAGACGGGACCGUCCGGGCGUUGGGAGAGCCCAUAUCCGUAGCCGAGCUCAUGGUGGAACAUCCGUGCCACUUCGUCGUCGACGCACGCCUCGUCUCCUCCGUCGGUGGUGCCAAGGUCGCCGCGCUGCCAGCUGACGACGUGCUGCAGGGUGCUGGGGUGUACGUCGUGCUCCCAGCCAUCAGGGGCAGGGUCUCCGCCGACGAUGUCCGUCGUGUGCUCGCGACAGCACCUCAGCCGCUGUGCCAGAAGGCUGGUGGACAGGAGCAGCGGGACGAAGCACCGACGAGGAUCGAAGGGCUUGGAUACCACCAGCCGGAGUUCCUGAGCCGGGAGAUGACGUCCAGGGGGGCAUGGAAACCCAGCCUGAAGACGAUCGAAGAACUGUGGCAGCCCAGGAAGAUUCCUCAUUGGCUCUUCUGA